AUGGCGCUCACCACCAUACUCAUCGGCCUCGUCGUCGUCACCUUUGUGCUUCGACGGGUGAUGGAGUCCUUGCGCCACGCCAAGAAUGCCCGCGAGAUGGGCUGCAAGCCACCCCCGCUGGCCCCCAUCAAGGAUCCCCUCGGCAUCCUGUCUCUGUUCGAGAUGAUCCAGGCCGACAAGGAAAAGCGAGUCCCGGCCCUGACCGAGGAGCGCGUUAACAAGAUGCGCGAGGCCAAUGGCGGGAACUACGUCACCACGAUGCGGCUGCGGACCGGAGCCGUCGAGAACAUCCUGACCAUCGACCCCAAGAACAUCCAGGCCAUCCUGGCCACGCAGUUCAAGGACUUUUGCGUCGGCGCUCAGCGCGAGACGUGUAUGGGACCUCUUCUCGGUGCCGGCAUUUUCACCACCGAUGGCCCUGCCUGGUCGCACUCGCGCGCCAUGCUCCGCCCGCAGUUCACGCGCGACCAGAUCAGUGACCUCAGCCUGGAGGAGGUGCACGUGCAAAACGCCUUGAACGUGAUGCCGCCCGUCAACGACCAGGGCUGGACCGAGGUGGACAUCCAGACCAUCUUCUUCCGUCUUACCCUCGACUCGGCCACGGAGCUGCUCUUUGGCGAGUCGUGCAAGUCGCAGCUCGUCGGCCUCGCCGCCGGCAACAUCACCGACGCCGAGUUCUCGGCCCGCGGCACCGACUUUGGCACCAACUUUGACCGCGGCCAGUGGUACCUGUCGCAGCGCGUGCGCACGCCCUUCCUCAAGUUCCUGUACAACGGCGAUGAGUUCAAGAACUGCUGCCGGGAGGUGCACCGCUUCGUCGACCAGUGCGUCGAGCGUGCGCUGAAGGAGACGAGCGGCGGCAAGAAGCAAAAGGUGGACGCCAAGGGUAACCCGCUCGAGGGCGAGCCGUACGUCUUCCUGCACGCCAUGGCCGCCGAGACGCAGGACCCCUUGGAGCUGCGCGCCCAGCUGCUCAACGUGCUUCUCGCCGGCCGCGACACCACCGCCUCGCUGCUGUCCUGGACCGUGAUGCUGCUCGCUCGCCACCCGGACGUCUUCCGGCGCCUCCGCCGCGACGUGCUCGAGGCCUUUGGCGACUACGAGAACCCGCGCAACCUGACCUUUGCCAACCUCAAGGCGUGCACGUACCUGCAGCGCGUCAUGACCGAGGUGCUGCGGCUGUUCCCGCCGCUGCCGAUGAACGCGCGGUACGCCACCGUCGACACGAGCCUGCCGCGCGGCGGCGGGCCGGACGCGGAGAGCCCCGUGUACGUCCGCAAGGGCCAAGCGGUGCUGUACAACGCGCACAUCCUGCACCGCCGCACCGACAUCUGGGGACCGGACGCGGGCGAGUUCAACCCGGACCGCUGGGAGGGCCGCAAGGGUGGUUGGGAGUACCUCCCAUUCAACGGCGGUCCGAGAAUCUGCAUCGGUCAGCAGUUCGCGCUCACUGAGGCCGGAUACGUCCUCACCCGCCUCCUGCAGCGCUUCGACGGCAUCGAGGAGGUUGGCCCCGGCGACAAGGUCUCCUGGGGCCUCACCCUGGUCAGCCAGCCUGGCGAGAGCGUCAGGGUUCGCCUUCACCAGGCCGUCUAA